UUCCCAGGGCCCUCGCCAAUCGCCAUUUCCAAUUCUCCAACUAAAACCCUAAUCCGGCUGCCACUUCGCCGCCAUGGCCGGACUGGGCCGCCACCUCGCGGCCGCCGCCGCCGCCGCGCGGAAGCUGCCGGAGCGGCUCGGCAUCCUCGCUUGCCGGGCCUACGGGUCGUCGGCGGGCGCAGCCCUCUGCGACUACUACUGCUACUCGGAGGAGGAGGAGGAGGAGGAGGAGGAGGGGCCGAGGACCGGCUCGCAGAAGCUCGUGCCGGAGAGAGGGGUGCAGUGGGUGGUGAUGGGGGACAGGGGCGCGAAGAAGCACGUGUACGCGGAGAUGCUCUCGAAGGUUCUGGAAGUCCCUCGCAUUUCCAUGGGCUCGCUCGUUCGCCAGGAGCUCGACCCUCGCUCUUCGCUGUAUAAGCAGAUUGCGAAUGCCGUGAACGAGAGGAAGCUUGUGCCAGAGGAAGUGAUCUUCACACUGUUGUCCAGGAGGUUAGAGGAAGGAUAUUACAGAGGAGAAACAGGGUUCAUUCUUGAGGGUAUACCCAGAACGAGGGUCCAAGCUGAGAUUCUCGACCAAUUUGCCGACAUCGAUCUUGUUUUGAACUUCAAGUCCACAGAGCAAGACCCUCUAGCAAAGAAUUUAGGGACUGGAGCAUUUCCUCCGUCCCUGGACUCUACCAAUUUGCACAUACCCGGAUCCAAACCUGGUUUGAGAUCACCGGGUGAGCGACUGGUUUCUGCUGAUGUCAGCAGUGCCUGGAAGGAAAACUUGACUGUGUAUGCAGAGCAGAGUAAGUUGCUGGAAGAAUAUUAUCAGAAACAAAAGAAACUUCUCAACUUCCAAGUUGCAAGUGCGCCCGGAGAAACCUGGCGCGGGCUGUUGGCGGCGCUACAUCUUCAGCAUGCUGUCGACUCUUCCCAAAAGCUGACCGCAUGAGUCUAUUCUUAGUUGAUUCGUGGAUGCAUAUUCCCGAUCGCAACCCCGGCAUAUGGUAAAUACAUACGAGUCUAGAGCGAGUUGAGUUCUGGCAAGUAUUCCAAUUUUGUUCUAGUUUUUGAGGCAUCAAACCGAGUUGAGAUGCAGUGUGUUGUGGUUUUCCAUGUGAGGAGAGAUAUAAGAACAGAAAGUACUGGCAUGUAUGACCAUUAAUAUGAGAGCAUGUCUAUAUAUCUUGCGAUUGAAAUCAUUUGUUCUUGUGGUGUCCGUUCUUAUUAUUAUUAUUAUUAUUUUCAACUUCUA